CGCCCAGGUAACGUGCAACAUAUCAGUAAGUAGGCAAAUAUUUCUUAUCGUCAUGGACAGGCUGGCGCUUGGUAGAAGUAGGCUAUGGCUAAUUUAAGACAACUAUACAUUUUAUACAGUUUGCGUUUGACUAUUUAACCUUCAGGCCUAACAAUCUACAUGGGAUGUUUGCGCUGUCAUUCAAAAUACGUGCUCUGAACAUGACAGUUCCUCACCUGCCAAUCCAAAAAUUUCCUACGCAUUGCGUGUGAGAAAACAAAUAUUGCAUUAUAAAUUCAGUCAUCACUAACAAACAACAGGAUUGUAGAGCCUGCCAACAUGUCACUGUGUGAGACUGAAGGACCCUUGCUGCUGGACCUGAGCUGCCCUAUCUGUCUGCAACUCCUCUCUGACCCCAAGUCCCUGCCCUGCGGCCACGUCUACUGCUUGGCCUGCCUUGGGAAGUACAUGGACACUGACAUGGCCAGCCACUUCUGCCCUGAGUGCCAGGUCGAGUUCCAGUUCUCCCAGGCCAUUGGGAAUAACUUCAAGAUGUGCAGCAUCAUAGAGAGCUACGAAGCCACCACUGCAGGAAAGGUCAGCUCCGUCACAGAUGGAGAUGGUGGUGAUUGCCACCAAGGGGUAGUGUCACCUGACCAGAGCAACGAUGAGACGUCUGAGUGUUUAUUAAACAUAGAGCAACAGGAGCCACAUCAUACAGGGAAGGAGGCCUCUGAGACAGGCUUGGGAGAUACGUCUGCAGUGUCCCCUACUCCUCAGAAGGAAGAACUGCUGGUGGAUGUAAGGACCAAGACGGAGAUGGCGAUGAUGGACAAGUCUAAAUUACUAUUAGCAUCUCAGGUAACGGAGCUGACGCUGAGGCUUCAGUUGGCUGAGGACCGACUGAGGGAGGAGGAGGCGAGGGAGGCCGAGGUCAGGACCACCAACGCCCUGUUGAGAAAAAGGGCGGCCAAGCUGCUAGAGCAGAUGUCGGAGCUGACUCUCAACUAUGUUAGUGGGAUGACGGAGUUGAUCGAGAUGGAACUGUGUCCCAGUGAGGAGAGCAUGGGCGGACGUGUGUGCCAAGCGUCUGAGCUCAGGGAGAAGUUGAGGGAGGCCCAGCUCCGAGCCAAAUCACUCCUGACCGAGCAAGACAGUGGGGUGUUCAGUGACGGGCUUCAGGCGGAACAACCGCACAUCAUGAGGCUGAUGGUCCAGAAACCUCUAGAGGAGUUGGACAACAAGUCAAAAGUGAACCCGGGCCGUGCUUGCGCUGAGCUGGAACGGAGGAGUGCGGAGUUAAGGGCAGGAGUCGGGGCGGCCCAGCGCUCUCUGCGCUGCGUCCUCAACCCCUCAGAGGUGACCUUUGACUUAGACACGGCCCACCCCAGCCUGGUCCUGUCAGAGGACCUGAAGACGGUGACCUUCAGCACCAAAAAGCAGCCCUACCCGGCCCUGCCAACAAGGUUCAGUAGCUUCCUCCAGGUUCUGAGCACUCAGAGCUUUUGGGGAGGCGAGCAUCGCUGGGAGGUGGAGCUGGACGGAUAUUCUCCGUGGAUAAUUGGGGUGUGCUACAGUGAGGCGGUAGCACGCAGCGGGCUAACAAGCGCCCUGGAGAGCAGCCAGGGCUCCUGGUGCCUGAUGUGGUUCAACAACCUGCUGAGGGCCUUCGAGCAGAGCCAUGACAUCCCCCUGAAGAGAACCCUGGCAGUACACAGACUGGAGAUCACGUUGAGCUUUAAGACUCAGAGGCUGAGCUUCUAUAACAUAAGCCAAUGCAGUGGGAAGACUCACGUGUAUACCUUUAAGGCGAACCUCACGGAGCCGGUGCAUCUGGCCUAUAGGAUGAUGUCAGGCCAACCGAAGGCACACAUAACAGUAUGCUCCUGAACUGUCAUUGGAACAAAAGAGAACCACAUACAAGAUUACAUUGACUCUUGUUUUUAUUAAUCCUCUAUUCAUUUCAAACUUUUUUGUUAUUUACAUGUAAUUGUGUUUGUGGAGACAGAGGUGUUUUUGUCUGUGAAUGACAGUAAAGAGAAAGAGUUCUGGUUUACAUCGAAUGACACAUGACCCUUUGGUAGCGUAGGCCUCAUUGAAAUGACCAAACUAAUUGAUUUCCCAACAUGAUUUACAAAUCUCCAACAAAUAUGCCCUUGUUCUUCAACGAAUGUAUGUUUUUGUCAAUAAAGAAACGGUUUGGGACAAUAAAUUGAUGAUACGUCAAACCAAUGACUGUAUACAGUUGCUAGUGAAAGCCUACACAGUCUUCACAUUUUGCUGCCUUAAAAUUAAAUCUCCGAAGAGAAUACAUUUGACAUU